AUGUUAGAGAUCAGGAGUAUGCUUCAACAACUCAUUGGAACAAAUGGUAAGAUGCAGGAAAAGUUGGCAGUGCAUGAUUCAGCAAUAAAGAACAUUGAAACUCCGUUGGGGCAGUUGUCUAUGGCCUUAAACAACCGCCCCCAGGGAACAUUGCCAGCGGACACAAAUAUUAAUCCCAAGGAGCAAAACAUGAAUCAGCUUAUUGCAGUAAGUCUCCGGAACGGGAGAGAUUUAGACAGAGAGCAGGAGAUUGCAAAAGCAUGCAAAGAGACUACGCUAGCCACUCUAGUUCCAUUAGAGGUAUACGAACUAGCAGAACUUAUUGAAGUGGUGGUUGAACAGGGUCGGGAUGAAAAGGGUAAGGCUAAGGUGAGUGAACAAGCUGCAGAACAGGUGGUACCUCUUGUGCCACAGAACCCCAACAGAGAGAAGCCAGCAAACAGUGCGCAAAGGGUGAUACCUGCACCAUUCCUUCAGAGACUGGACCUAUCCACAGUAACUCUGACUCAGACAUGCAGUGCAGUAAUGACAAGACCCAUGGCUCAAAAGAUGUCUGACCCAGGAGCCAGCAUAAAUUUGAUGCCUCUGGCCAUAUACACCAAAUUGGGCAUUGGCAGAGCUAGACCGACUUCGAUGCUGCUGCAACUGGCUGACCGCACGGUUAAAAGACCAACUGGGAUUCUUGAUGAUGUGCUGACUGGCCGGGCGAUCGCACUUUUGUUUCCUAGAUGGAUAUUCGGAGUACAAUCAGAUCUCAAUAGCCCCCGAAGAUAG